GUGCUGAUGCAGUGACUGUUGAAAGCUGUUGAAGAAGCAAUUUUCCUAUAUGUACUGAGUGAAAAAUUUAAGUUUUGUUAAAAUUUGUGGUAAUUAAGCCACACACAUAGUAGAAACACAAAGCUGAAACAGUUAAAAUGAUGCUGUUUAUGUUGCUAUUCAGUCGUCAAGGAAAACUUCGACUGCAAAAAUGGUAUAUGGCCUAUCCAGACAAGACCAAAAAGAAGAUAACACGUGAGCUGGUCACGACAAUACUAGCCCGCAAGCCCAAGAUGUGCUCCUUCCUGGAGUGGAAAGACUGCAAAAUUGUCUACAAACGCUAUGCUAGCUUAUAUUUUUGCUGUGCCAUCGAGCAGAACGACAACGAGUUGCUGACUUUGGAGAUAAUCCAUCGCUACGUGGAAUUGUUGGAUAAGUAUUUUGGCAGUGUUUGUGAAUUGGACAUCAUCUUCAAUUUUGAGAAAGCGUAUUUCAUAUUGGACGAAUUGUUGAUUGGCGGCGAAAUUCAGGAGACAUCGAAGAAGAAUGUCCUCAAGGCGAUCGCCUCACAGGAUCUGCUACAAGAGGACGAAACACCACAAAGUUUCUUUGACGAUCAUGGCCUUGGCUAAUUAGCAACAAAUGCGAAUCCUUUAACCAUUUAAGUCGCCUUAAUGUAUGCGUGUAUUCAUCAUAACCGAAAAAGUAUAUUGUCUAUUGUCUUAUAUUAAUUUAUCAAUGAUUAUACAAUUUGGCAGCUACAAAAUUUUUAUACACA